ACACUUAAAUAAAACUGGUUCCAAUUAAUUAUUUGUUAUGUAAAAAGAAAUUGAUGUUCUAGUAAUGUGCCAGAAAAGAAUUAAUUAAGAAAACUAUUGAAAACAAACAAACAAAAAAGUGAUUUUCCAUAAGAAAAAAAAACACACUUUAAAUUAAUUGUAUUGAAUAUUUAUGUAAAAUAGUUGAAAGGAAAUGUUUGGUUAUUGAUACAAAAAUAAUCAUGGAGUGGUCUACUGGAGACUUAGUAUGGUUUGAUCAUGGGCUUGGCCAUCCAUUGCCAGGUGAAAUCCAAGAAGUACAUCGUGCAGCAAAAAUAAUCGUGGUUCAAGCAUUAAUUAAUGGAACGCCUCAAACAUUCACGCUGAAUUUUAAUGAGAAUAAUCUUCAGCCUCGCCAAGAUCUUGGGAAAAAUGGAGUAGACGAUAUGACACAGCUUGAUGAUCUACACGAGGCGUCUUUACUUUGGAAUCUUAAAUUACGUUACAACAAUGAUAUAAUCUACACGUAUGCAGGAAGUAUCUUGAUUGCUGUUAAUCCAUACAAAAUGUUUCCAGAGGCGUACGGGAUAGAAAUGGCAAAAAAAUAUUCUGGCAAGCCAUUAGGCACACUACCUCCACACUUAUUUGCCAUUGGAGCUGCUGCACAUGCUGCACUUCCAACGCCACAAGCGGUAGUUAUAUCUGGAGAAUCAGGAUCUGGUAAAACUGAAUCCACAAAAUUAGUAAUGCAGUAUUUGGCUGCCGUUAUACCUGGUGGUGGUUCUGCAUCUACCGUGAUAACUGAACAAAUACUCGAAGCUUCUCCUUUGCUAGAAGCAUUUGGUAAUGCAAGAACUGUUAGAAACGAUAAUAGUUCUCGUUUUGGAAAAUAUUUGGAAGUUUAUUUCAAAUCUGGUGCUAUCAUUGGUGCCAAAAUAACACAAUAUUUGUUAGAAAAAUCAAGAAUUGUUACACAAGCUCCCGGUGAACGAAACUAUCAUGUAUUCUAUGAGUUGCUUGGAGGAUUAUCUGAGCAAGAUCGUGCAAAAUAUGGAUUACUAGAUUCCGAAAAAUACUUCUACUUAAAUCAAGGGGGAACGGACACUGCACCUGGUCGUGUUGAUUGGACGUCGUUGCAAGGGGCUAUGCAAGUUUUAGGUGUAUCAGAAGUUGAGCGAGAAGGAAUUGUGCGAGUUUUAGCUGCCGUUUUACAUUUAGGGAAUGUAUAUUUUCAUCGUAGACAACUUCGACAUGGACAAGAGGGAGUUGAAUUAGGUUCAGAUGCAGAAGUAAAAUGGGCAGCGCAUCUUUUACAAAUUCCUUCAGAGGGAAUUUUAAGAGCCCUGACUUCUAGAACAACGGAGACGCGAACUGAAAGAUUAUAUACCCCAUUAAGCAUUGACCAAGCACUAGAUGCACGGGAUGCAUUUGCAAAAGCUUUGUAUUCUGGCCUCUUCAACUGGCUUGUGUCACGAAUUAAUUCAAUUGUCCACAAAGGAGGUACACAUGAUGCACAUCGAAUAUCCAUACUUGAUAUUUUCGGUUUUGAAGAUUUAACGGAAAACAGUUUCGAGCAGUUAUGCAUUAAUUAUGCAAAUGAAAGUCUUCAGUUAUAUUUUAAUAAGCACGUUUUCAAAUUAGAACAAGCAGAAUAUGCACGUGAACGCCUUGAAUGGAAUCACCUAGGUUGGGAGGAUAAUAUGCCCGUAAUACAUCUGUUAGCCAAAAAGCCAGUGGGUAUAUUUCACCUUCUUGAUGAUGAAUCAAAUUUUCCACGCGCGACUGAUACAAGUUUUCUUGAAAAAUGUCACUAUAAUCAUGCACUUAAUGAUCUUUAUUCAAGACCAAGAAUUGGUGCACAAGAAUUUGGAAUACAACACUAUGCUGGACAAGUUUGGUAUUCUGUUGAAGGGUUUUUAGAUAAAAAUCGAGAUGCAUUAAGAAUCGACGUGUUGGAAUUGUUGAGUACGAGCAAACAAACUCUUGUUACUGAAAUGACAAAACAGAUGCGUGCUCAACGAGAUUUUGGUAAAACGUUACCAAGAGGAACUAAUGGUCGAUUCGUCACAAUGAAACCAAGAACCCCAACAGUGGCCGCUCGCUUCUCGGACUCGCUUCAACAACUUUUACAGUCCAUGUCUAAGUGCAAUCCAUGGUUUGUUCGUUGCAUAAAACCAAACAAUGAUAAGCAAGCUUUACGAAUGGAUAUGCCGUGCGUCUUGCAACAAUUACGAUAUUUAGGAAUGCUUGAUACAAUAAAAAUUCGACAAUGUGGUUAUCCAGUUCGACUUCGUUUCCAGCAUUUUGUUGAACGUUAUAGACACAUGUUAAAGCAGCCAAUUCCUAGAGGAACACCUUAUAGAGACCUUUGUCGUUUUGUUUUGGACACUUUGCCGCACAGUAAUAUAGAAGGUCCAGAUUUUCAACUAGGUGCUACUCGAGUAUUUCUUCGAGAAACUGUUCAUCGUAUGUUGGAAAAUAGCCGUGCGGAGCGUCUAAAAAAUGCAGCUGUAAUCAUACAGAAGCAUACACGAGGAAUGAUCGCACGAAAACGUUUGAUACGUCAAAAACGUGGUGCAGUAACAAUUCAAUCUGCUUGGCGUACUUAUAAUCAACGUAAGAAAUUUAUUGCUUUGCGAAAAGCUACACUAAAGGCGCAAGCCAUUCAACGUGGUCGAAUUCAACGUAAACGGUUCGCAAAAAUAAAAAAUGAUGCGAAGCGACGUAAAGAUGCAGAACGUGUUAAUAAGGAGCGACAGGCUCAACGUCUACUAAAAGAACAACAACAAGCAGCUGAACGAAAUUCGGUCAUUCAUCUCGAUGUACCGGCAGAGCUUGCAUUCAUUUUCUCAAAAAUUGAUGGAUGGACACCAAUACACGGUGAUCGUCAUCUCGUAAAAGUGGUUGGUACUGUACCUGGUCCGCCCCUCGUUGCUGGAAGUCUUCCUUCUGACAUUGAUCAGUUUACAUUCGGCAAAUUUAGUUCUGUGUAUUGUAACGGUAUCAAACUAGGAAAUCGACGUGACCCUAUUAGUACACCUUUUUUGUCAAGAGCGGCUGCACGAGAUCAAGAUUUUCAAGAUUCUUUGGCAAUUUUUAAGUUAAUAUUGAGAUGGACUGGAGAUACAUCCUUAGAUGGUGCUAAAGAAAAAACAUUAGCAGAUUACAUUGUUCAUAAAGGAUUAGCAUCCCGAGGACUAAGAGAUGAGAUACUAGUUCAACUAUGUAAUCAAGCGUAUAAGGCAGAAAAGUCUUGUGGUUAUAGAAUUUGGCAAUUGAUGUUACAUUGUCUCUCAUCUUUUCAACCCGGAGCUGCUUUCCAAAAAUAUCUUUUGAAAUUUGUUUCGGAUACAGCACCAGAGUCAAUGCGUGAUCUGUUGCUAAAAAAACUAUUGCGCCAUGGGUCACAAUCGCAAGUAAUUAGCUCACGUGUUUAUCCCCCAUCUUGGUUGGAAUGGCGCGCAUCCUCGAAACUUUCAGAUAUUGCCUUAAGUCUUACAUUGCCUGAUGGCACCGUACAAACUGUUGCUGUAGAUUCCUGGACAACUUGUGAGGAGGCAGGAGCAUUAGCGAUAUCUACAACAGGAAUAAAUAAUUUAGGUUGGACUGUUACUUUCGAUGAUGGCAACGCGAUAACUGAUUCAUGUGGACUUGAUUAUGUACUGGACUUGAUUACUGAGAAAGAACUUUGUCCUGCAUUUCCCACUGUGCGAAGUGAUUUGCUUCGUAUUGUGCGCAAAACCUCAUCAGCUACAAUUAGUGACACUGAGCCUAUUAGUCCAAAAAGACCACAAGUCCCACCACCAGAGCCCCCUUUUAAAAGAGGACUUAGUGAGCCUCCUGUUGUUCCGGAGCCUAUUGUUAUGAGUAGUAGCUCUAAAGUGGAUAAACGUAUAGAAUACUCUCGACAAGCAGGUUUGCCUCGUAAAAACUCCCAUGAAAUUCUAUCACGUAGUUCUGCAUUGAAUGAUAGAUAUUUUGAACAAGAAAAGUCCCGAUCUCGUUCACUAGAUGACCUUUUAUCUUCAGAUGUACCCGAAGUAACACUACCAUCAGAAACUCAACCACUACGAGAACUUGGACUUUCACAAUCAAAACUUAAUGAAAGGUAUCACUCCACAGAGAGACUUGGUCCAUUAACUCAACCCCCUCCUCGUUUCUUAAAAACUGGUAAACGAUCGGCUGGAUCACAUUCUAGUAAAUAUGUUGAACGUUCAGAAAUUACAGUUCGAUCAUCGGCCUUGUCUGAUACGAGUGAAACUCCAUCACUAGCAAGUCAUGUUCGAAGAGUACGAGUACCUUCACAGGCAUCUGAUGUUGAUCAGUUUUUAGAUGAUUUAUUUAGUCCUGUACUUGAUGGAUCAUUGGAUGAACUUUCUGAUGCCAGAUCAUUAGCUGCCAGCAUUCGUGGUGGCACAAUAAAUGAAUUUAUUGAAGCGCCGUUAUUAGACAAAAAAUGUGACCAAUUGAUGAACUCUGUUUAUUUAUCUAGAAAAAUUAAAGGAGGCGGAGAAGAAGAUACCACAGAAAAUAAUAAUACUAUUACAGCCAAAUUAGAUCAGGAAGUCGCUUCAAUAAACGAGGUUUCCUUAGAUGAGUAUAUUACGGAUUUAUUCCAACCAAUUUUUGUAAAUGAUUCAUUAAAAAGAUUAACUACUAAGGCAGAAUUAGCAGAAUCUAUAAAAGGCGGAGGAACAAAAACAAAUGUUUUCUCACCUAGUAUUCAAUCCACAACUCUCUUACAAAUGAGUAAUUUCAAUGCAGAUCAGAUUAUUCCUACCUUUAAAAUACCACCAGGAGUUGAUGCAGCCGAAUAUCAACAGCAAAUGCAACGAGCCUUUUUAGAAUCAGCUAUGCAACAAAAUAUACAAAUUCAGCAACAAUUGGUGGCACAAAAUCAAGCCUUGCAAUCUUUACUUACACAACAAACAUCAAAUCCUACUUCACCAACAAAUGUAGCACUUAAUUUAAAUAGUGGAAAUAUAAAAAAACAACAUUUUACAAAGCAAAAAUCGGAAAGCUUUACGGAAGCAGUUCGCACACGAAACAUUUCUGAAAAUACUGGAAGUAAUUCCAUGGUCAUACCACCACCCCCUCCACCACUACCACCACCACUAGAAGCUAUAAAUCCUCUCGAAACUCGUCCUUUUCUUGAUCCUUAUGGUAGAGCAAAAACUGUUCGAAUUGGAAAAUGGCGUUGGCCUCCACCGCAAGGAAGUACGCCUGUAGAUUUAAGUGAAGAUUUUAUGCAUUUCAAAUUGCGUGCAAACCAACGGCGAUCAACUCCUCAAUUAAAUGUGACGACGGAUUGUAGUAGUAAUAGUUCUCCUGGUGUGGAAUGGGAAGAGUUUGAUCUUGAGCAGACAGUUACACUUUCAAAGGAAGGUAGUUUCAAAAAACAAACAGAGUCAAUAGGGAAACAAAUCACAAAACAAUCAAAACGAAGUUUUGAGAUAGGUGCAGAGAGACCAUCACCAUAUAGUGUAGGCAAGUUGAAAUUGAGUAACGAAAUGCGCGAAAGAUUAGAACUAGUGACUGCUGGACACUCUGUACGUAGUGUUAGCAAUUCUGAGAAACCUGAUCGAGUUCCAGUUAAAUUAGAAGAUUCCCGUAGAAUAAUGUUAGAAACACAAUUAUCUGGAAUAAAGGGCAAUAGUGAAAAUCAAUCUGGAGUAAAACAACAAAUUCAACGUAUGGAGUCCGCUAAGCAACCAGGAACUUCUUCUUGGCCAACAGUUCUUCCACCUGCCCCCCCUGGACCAGCUCCACCACCUCCAAUUAGGCCCCCGAACAGCGUGCCACCUAAUCCACCAAAGUUAAAUCACAAUGAAAAGCAACAAAGUAACUUAACACAAGAACUUCCUUCAUUUGUGCAGCGGCAAGAACGUGACACUUUUGGGGCACGAGAUCAUUCGCAUGAAGAUUUAUGGGAUCGUGCAGAGGCUGCUAAACUUGAUAUAGUUUAUGAAACAAGCUUAAAAAGAGAUAUAAUUCAUGAUCGUGAAAGAUCAAGAUCCCGCAGUCGUUCUCGAGACAGAGAAAUGUUUUGGGACAGAUCUGAAGUUGAAGGUCCCCCUUCAGCUGGAAGCGAUCGUGAAAAAGAGCGCGAAAAGCGUGAACGAGAGUACGAACGCACUCAAAUCCAACGUGAGCGUGACGCAGAAAAGGUAUAUCAACCUGCAGCUCCAAAAAAUACAGAAAAGGACAGGUCACGACGAUCACCAUCUGUUCAAUCUUCAACACCAACUUUUAAAACACAUAUGGUUCAAAAAAACGCACAACGUAAAGCAGAGAAUUUCAAAGUCGAUAACUAUGAUACAGAUAAGGUGGAUCACAUCAACGAACUACCAGCCCCCGUUGUACCAGCUCCUGUUCUUGCGCCACCUUCUUUAAAAAGUUCAGCCUCAGCCUGUUUUACGUAUAACCGAGUUCCAUGGAAAUUACGUGUGCGGAAGGAAGUUUUUCGUCCAAACGAAUCUAUGGGCACACCAGCAGCCUUAGAUGUUCUAUUUGUACAAGUUGCAUCUGAUGUUUUUGAUAUAACAUCAACAUUGCGUAUCAGCAGUCAAGAAAAACGUCAAGCAAUAAAUCUUUUGAAUAGCCAUAGUGUUUCUGCAGAGAAUAUGCGAGGACAAGUACGUGCCAUCGUAAAACGUCACUUAAUAGAAAUGGCCCGUGGUUGGCCAUUAUAUUUUGCACGACUAUUUCCUAUCAACGGAUCACCUCAAAUGACAGACGUUACUCUUUUGGCAGUGUCGCAUAAUGGUGUUUUUCUAGCUAGACGUGAGAAGGAUGCAAUAAUUGUUCUAAAAUCAUUUUUAUUUGGAGAGUUGCAUACUAUUAGCACUUUACCGAGACCCGCUGCUCUACAAUUAGUAUUGAAAAACGGUCAUAAACUGACGUUACAUGCUCCACGAGCUCAGGCCAUUCAGAACAUGGUUCAAAGCUUCUUACAGGAAUACCGACAGACACAUACAACUACAUUGUCUUCUGGUGCACGUGCAGCUGCUCAAACUCUAAAUGUACCGAUUGAACGUCUCGAAAAAAAUCUUCAACACCAUCAUGGAAGUUCAACUGGUAUCGAACAGCAAGAUCAAUUUGAUUUUCAUUAUAGAAAUGCAGAAGAAAAUGAACAAAACGUAAUGCGACGCGAUAACAGCGAUUCACCUAUUAAUGGUUAUCCUGUACAGUAUUGCAAAAACUCAGUGAGCCAUCAAGAUUCUAUAAUAUCUACAAAUGGUACUGUAAUGCAUCAAGAUACUGAUCCAGAUGGAAUUUUCACCAAUCAAGCAUCAUCAGUAACCAAACAUUCAUUACUACAAUUCGCACUUCAACAUUUUCGCAACGAUUUUGCUGAAGAAUCAAAAUCUGGACGAUCUUCUGAUAAACGUUCAUCACGUACACCGCAUGCCGAUUUGGUUAAAUGGCAAGGAUUUCCUUUGCGAGCUCCUUUAUUGCGGUUGCCUCCGGAUAUUGCACCUCUGGCAAUUGAGUGUUUUGAUUGCAUUUUACGGUACAGCAUGGAUUUACCUAUUGAAGGUGAUAUUACAGAAGUAAAAUGUGUAUACACAAUUUUAAUGCACUGUCAUAAACACUUGGCAUUACGAGAUGAAGUAUACUGCCAAUUAAUGAAACAAACAACUGCCAAUCGUUCGCCUUUUCCAGAAUCAUCUCAGCGUGCUUGGCGUUUAUUGAGCAUUCUAGCUGCGUACUUUGGAUGCUCUGAUGCUUUACGUCCGUAUCUUACAGAGCAUUUAACUUCGGCAGCAUCAGAUCGACGUCGUUCGUGCCAUGGGACUGCAGCAGUUUGCUUAGCAAAUUUGAGAAAGACAGCACGUUGUGGCGGUCGCAAAAAUGUUCCGAGUGUUGAAGAAGUAACAGCGGUAUCAGCUGGAAGAUCAGCACGUCGUCAAAUUUAUAGGUUACCUGGUGGGGCAGAGCGUGUUGUAAAUACUCGUUGCUCAACUGUUGUAUCCGAUGUAAUUGGUGAACUAUGUUCUCUUCUUGGCAUCGAUACAGAAGCUGAACAACAAGAAUUUUCUCUAUACUGUAUUGUCCAAGGAGACGCAUUUACAAUGCCACUUGCUGCUGAUGAAUACAUUCUUGAUGUAACAACAGAGUUACUAAAAUCAGGACAGCCAUUUUAUUUGAUUUUCUGCAGAUCUGUUUGGCACUUUCCUCUUAAAAGGGAUCCUGUUCCGACUCCCUUAUACAUUGAAGUGCUGUUUAAUCAAGUUGCUCCCGAUUAUCUUGAAGGUUUACUCUUAGAACUACCAGGAAAUGGUGCGCCAAGUCCUGAUUUUGUGAGAGACAUGGCUAGAAUAGCGGCAAUUUUACACCGUGCUGCUGAUUUGAAUCAUGUUCCUGCUAUGAAGGAGAUCAAAUUCUUAUUACCAAAGCCAGCUUUGAGUCUUCGUGAACUGCGACCAGCUCAAUGGGUGGCACUAGUUCAAUCAGCAUGGCCUACAAUAGCUAGUUUGACAACGGUGGCUGUAAAAGCACAAUUUUUAAACAUUUUAUCUACGUGGCCUCUGUUUGGCAGUAGUUUUUUUGCGAUUAAACGUGUAUGGGCUGAUGACUCAUCAACUGAUGACCCCAAUCAAAUGUGGAAAGAAUUAAUUCUAGCACUAAAUCGAAAAGGAGUACUUUUCUUAGAUCCCAAUACACAUGAAACAUUACAGAAAUGGUCAUAUACUGAAGUUAUAUCGACAAGAAAGGUACGUUCAGAGGACGGUGCUCUAUUCUUGGAUAUGAAAGUAGGUAAUCUUCUACAGCAGCGUAUAACUCGAGUUCAGACAGAGCAGGCACAUGAAAUAUCUAGAUUAGUAAGGCAGUACAUCACAAUGGCACAAGCACACCAUCGGGAUCGAAAGCGAGAAUAAACAGUUUAAUAAUCUUAUUGGGUUGCAAUCUAGAAUUAUAUAAAUAUAUACAUAUCUAUUUUUGCAUAAAUGCUUUUCGUUGUUACUCAAUUAAUAAAUAUGUAUUGUUAUGACAUGAAU